AUGUCAGUAAAACGUCAAAAUAAAUCACUGAAUUUACUCGGUGGUGUGAAUAUAACAUUUGAGAAUGCUGGAAAGCAAGACUCAGUGAAAGUGACAACUAGUUCAACGUAUCAAACAGGACAGCAAAAAAUGAAACUCUACUUGGCGUUAUUUUUGGCGCUAUUCUGUUUCGCAUGCACCACUCUCAGCUCACCAAUGCGUGGCCGAAAUAGUUGGCAUGCCAUGCCUUAUGCUUACCCUCCAGCCGAUGUACGAAGUUUCGAAUUACCAAGUAGGGAAAAGAAAUUUCAUGUAGCUGAUGUUUGGGAAGACGUAAACUUUGAGGGAAAAUAA